UUUCUGGUGGGAAAGUACAUACUGCACGACGAAGCAUCCAUACCUUACCCCUUUUGUGAGAUUUGAACUUAUCAAGAACAUUUGUGACCUUUUGUUAGUGGAUAUAUUGCAUAACCGUCAUUGUAAGUAGGGGCAGCUCCGCCAAAUCCGGAACCAUAAUCUCAGAGUCUAUUAAAAGGAAGAAACCCCAUUUUUUCCUUAAAAUCGCUUCACUGCAAUUAUUGAAAUCUAAAAGACGGGGUAGAAAAAGUCGACAAUUAUAACGACACUUUCACAUUCCAUCUUCCAGCCUUCCAUUUCAUAUGAAAAAAGGGGCUGCCUGUUGAUUUUGUGUUCAAACAAUGGCGGCAAACCCUAACCCUGACAUAAACCCUUCUCUUUUCCUUCUACCCAAUUCAUCUAUCUCCCCUUCAAACCUGGAAUGCAUGCAGAUCGAUUUAAUUUCUGGGCAGAAAACAAAAAUUGUUUUCACAAACCCCUCUGUUAACGAAAACAUCUUCCUGAAGGAGCAUGCCUGCGUUUCUCACGGAUCUCUGGUACUGAUUCUCGGUGGCCGUUCUCCGGCCAACGGAGUAGCCACAGACAGCGUGCACAUCUUCAACACGGAGACGAAAGAGUGGUUGCGCGGACCAAACAUGAUGGUUAAGAGAAGCCGCUUUGCAUGGGGUGUGAUCGGAAACCGCCUUUACAUAGCAGGUGGUUUUGGAGGAUCCGCCAGUGGCUACCUUAAGGAAACCGACGUCUACGAUUUCGAAACGAAAGAAUUGUGGGCGGUUUCAGAAAUGCCGGUUUCCAUGGUGAUAGACAUCUUCUUUGUUUAUCUCGGUAAGCUGUUUGUUCGAGGUUGGGUGAGAGAUGGAGGCGCUAAGGAUCCGCUUAAAUAUUUUUCAUAUUGCCCUGUGAAAAACGCAUGGCAAAAGGAUUCAUGGCUGCGCAAGGCUCUUAAGAAAUUUCCUCCCAUGACUCUCAACAAAUUUGCAGUCACAAAAGAUAAUGAGAUUUACAUGGUAGAACAAUCGCCGGAUGUGCCUCGGGUGACGAAAAGGAAGCCUUCGUUUUUAAUUGUGUCGAAUCUGGACAAGCACAGUUUGAAAUGGAAAAGGGUUUAUGGUAUGCUGGAUUCCGAAGUUCCUCGUCAUUGUAAAUGUGCCGUAGAUAAGGAAGUGCGAUUUCUGGUAUUGGGGAAAGGUGUGAUUGUUCUGAUGCAUGACGCAUAUCCGGACGAGGGAGAAAUUACACCGCUUAUACCUGAGAUAACAGAAGUAUCUGUGUUGUGCCCUUCCACAUGGGCUGCGGCCAUUGUCAAUGCCUAACAACCAGUGGGGAGCUCAGUAUUCGUCUAUCGUCCAGUCCAGCUUUUAAUUCAGUGCAAGCUAAUCAUUGUGAUGCUUUUCCUGUCCCAGAAAAUAGGCAUUUAUGUAAAUAGUAGAUGAUUUAGCUGGCUAAGGGUUUUAGAUGUUACCAAAAAUUAAUGAAACUUUAGAGAGCUUGGAAUUUUUGGCUAUUUUUGAGAUUCUAUUUAGUUAAACAUUUGGGGUGGUGGAUCUGUUUAUCUGUUUUUCAGCUUUCUGUUAUCAAUUUACAGAAAUAUUUCUAUUCUGAAAA